GAUAGGCAAGCCGAGUGGUUCGAGCAGCGGACUCCAGAAAGAUGUUCAUGCAGUCGGCAGUCAGUCAAGGACAACGAGACACUCGAACGCGACGGGAUCCAGGCUCAACGAAAGGCAGGCGGUGGAUUAUGGGCCUGAUCCUGGGGUACACAAUAAUGUCUCUCAUGGUAGUGAAGGUCGCCUCCGCAGCAACUCUUUAUCAGCAACAUCUACAGGAGCAACAUCUACAGCAGCAAUCCCCGAACGACAUUGAUUCCACGGCAGACGAGCCAUCGGCCACGGAGCCGGAGGAGAUCUCAGAGGGCGACAGCGACAUCGAGAAGAUGCGGGCCAAGUUGCAGCAACUGCAGCACGAGCAGCAGCAACAGUAUCUGCGCCAGCAGCAACAUCAGUUGCAGCUGCAUCUGCAGCAGAUGCAGGCGACGCAGGGGGCGGGUGCUGCUGCCGGCGGCGGUGGGGAGACCGCCUACUUAUUGGAGCGUGCCGACAGCCAUGUUGCGCCCAUCUAUGGGACGUGGCGCACGAAAGCGCAACGGCAGCAACACGCAACAGCGUCGCACGAACCGGACGAUGGGCAUGUCUACGAGCGUCUGCCCAAGCGAUCGGCGACCAUGACGCCGCUAAGGGGGCUGCUGCGUGAUCAGAUGCCACGCCCGCCGCGCCUCACCACCCAGGACAUGCAGAUGUCCUUGGGCUCGCCCUCGCCGCCCCCUGCGCCUACGAAGGGUUUGCUGCGACGUCAGUACUCCGAAACCCCGGGAUCGCGAGCUCUGCGCGGUGGUCAGGAGGAGGCCUUCAAGCCCAAACCCUUUCACUUUCCCUACGACGGUCCCAUGCCCGAGCAGUUCACCAAGGGCGAGGUUCGUCCGGAGCUGAACAACAUCCAGGACAUCUUGCAACAUCUGCACAUUGGCGGAUUGACGCCCAGCAAACUGCCGCCCAUGGUGAUGAUGCCCACGGGUCUGCACAUAGCCGGCAGCUUCAAGAACCUCAAGUCUAGCGGUAUAGGCAACUUCUUUCGGGGCAAACGCAACAAGAAGCAGAUGCAGUUCAGCAUUCCCAUGCCCAUGUUUCCCAUGGCCAUGCCCAUGCCGAUGCAGUGGUACAAUCCGGGUGGGAUGCCCCACCAAAGGGUGGCCAUCGAUCAGCUGUAUCCCUACAAGCCGCGAUCGCCGCAGGAUAUUAAUUUGCUGGCCAUGCAGCCACUGGGAAGUGGCAAGCCGCUGUCUAAGAAGAAGAAAAAGCAGCAGCAGCAACAGCAACUGCAACAGCAGCAGCAGUUACUAGAGCAUGGCAGCCAGCAGCACUUUGUGGCCGAUCCCUUUGUGCAACACUUUCCACCGCCUGUGCUCACGCUGAAUGCCACCAGGCAGCCGCAACUGAAGAGGGUUCCCUUCAAGGUCAAUUUGGAUAUAUAUCCCGUGCUGCCGCCUUCGCGUCCUGCCUCCGCAAUGCGACAUCCCUUCCAGCAGGAGUACGCCCUGCCCUCUCCGGCUGCCUUGACGGGCACCACAGCGGCCGCCUUCCACAACAUGGGUCAUGGGAUCUACCAGACGCCCUUCAAGUUUCCCACCCAACAACCGGUGGUCUUUCCCGAUCAGGCCACUCGAUAUAGUCAGCAGCAGGCGCUGUAUCAUCAGGCCCAGGCCCACAAGUAUCCGCCGCCGCCGAAAAGCGUGCAUCCGGAUGAACCCAUUUAUGGCCAGAAUCCUGUUCAAGGACAGGGUCAAGUGGAAAGCCAAACGAAUCCCAUUAUGCUGCACCUGAACGUGUUCCCCAAGCAAAAGCCCACUGCCACCAUUCGCGCCUCCACCAAUCCCUUCUACAACCACAAUAUGCAACGCAACUCGAACGAUUUGCCGCCACCCAAUCCGCCCAGUCCCAUAGAACCCAGACAGGCAGUCAAUGGGAAUGUCACUCAAACAUCGCUCAAUCAAACCCAGCAGCAACAUCAGCCGUUACAGCAGCAACAUCAGCCGUUACAGCAGCAACAUCAGCAGUUACAGCAGCAACAUCUGCAAUCGCAGGCUGGCAAUCGCUCGAGUACCAUUUCCCGCAGCGAUCACCUGCCGCUGAUCGACUUUGAGCAUCCCAUUGUGGCGGCUGAACUGCCCGAUCCUGUGUCCUUGGCCAGCAUUCGGCAGGAUCAUCGCUAUAGGAAAACUCCGAUUGACGAGCACUAUCGCUACCAGAAGAGCGCCAAUAUCGAACAGUUGGCCGCCGAGGCCCAGACAGCCUCGCUCUUUCGCUUUCCCGUCGAGGAUCUGAUACAGUUUCAGGUGGACGAUGCUCUCUAA